AUGCCUCCAAAGAAGAACACAAAAGCACCAGCACCAUCACCAACAGCCUCUACCAGAUCGUCGAGAUCACAAACCAAGGCUGGCGUUGCCGCUACAGACACCGCCGCUACCGGAGAUACAAUAAAAGCUAGCACAGUUGGAAAGCGGAAACGCACGGUCGCCGAAGUGGCUCCUGUCCCGUCCGACUCGGAUUCGGAGGAGGCCCCGGAGGUGAAGGCUAAAGCUAAAACGGGGCCGAAGAAGAAGGCUGCUGCUAGCCCUACGAAGAAGGCAAGAACGACAACAACUACUCCAAAGAAGAGAGCCAAUACGCCGUUUUCACUUAGAACUUGUGAGAAUUGGUUUGAGAGCUUAGAGGAUCCCGAAUCUCCAGGAAACAUUACCUACAGAACUAUUCCAGCAUGGCUCGAGGAGCUCGGUGUCUCGGCUGAAGGCGUUGUCUUUUAUGUCAUUGCCUGGAUAUGCAAGGCAAAGCAGACUUUCACCAUUUCGAAGGAAGAGUUUUUGUAUGGGAUGAACACUUUAGUUGCUGAUUCAAAUGAAGCACUCGUUCGAAAACUACCCUCGAUGCUUAAAGAGGUUUCCCCGUCACACUCAAACAAAACGUUCGACACAUUCUACAAAUUUUGUUUCAAUUACUUUAAACCAGCAGAUGUCAAGAAUAUUACGAUGGAAGUAGCACAAGAGUUGUUUACGAGUUUGCUGGAUGUGAAUAGAUAUUCGCUGAGUUGGACACCUUCUGAAGAAAACGCAAAUGAGUGUGGAGAAAAGGAGGGGGACUUCCCACACAGAAAGGCUUUUGUGGACUUUUUAGGCCAGAGCUCUUUGCAGGUUAUUACCAGGGACCAGUAUGAACAGUUUCUACCAUUCAAUAAGCACGUGCCGUGGGAUUUGGUAGGAUUUAAUGAGGAAGAGAGUACUUGGCCUACACUUAUGGAUAAUUAUAUCGCAUGGAGAAAGGAAAAGUGCCCGUAA